AUGGCAACAAGGAAUCAUGAUUCGGACGAAGACGAGAUGGCCCACCAUUCAACAAUUUACGAUUUUUCCGUUAAGGAUGCUGAUGGAAAGGAAGUAUCCCUCAAGAAAUAUGAAGGCCAAGUUGUCAUUGUUGUCAAUGUAGCUUCACAGUGUGGUUUCACGGAGUCAAACUACAAUGAACUCAAGCAGUUACAUGAUAAAUAUCAUGAGCAAGGCUUAAGAGUCGCAGCUUUCCCUUGCAACCAAUUCGGAAAGCAGGAACCCUCUUGCGAGAUCGAUAUUGUAAACUUUGUAAAGGAUAAAUUCAACUAUGAGCCCGAUAUGUAUGCUAAGGUGAAAGUAAAUGGAAACGAAGCUGAUCCAUUCUGGACAUUUUUGAAAAAAGAACAAGGAGGAACUCUUCUUGAUGCAAUCAAGUGGAACUUCACCAAAUUUUUGGUUGAUCGUAAAGGACAUGUAGUUGCAAGAUAUGCUCCAACUUCAAGCCCAGCCUCAUUCGAGAAGGAAAUCAAGAAUUUACUAGACAAAUCUGAAUAA